AUAAAUUAGAAUAUCCAGAGGAAAUGGCUGGAAAAGAGUUAGACCUCUUCGUCGAAGACGAAGUUUGUAAAAAGAACGAUGACGGUGGCUAUGAUUAUGGCUUUGUUUUAGAAAAUUCAGAAUAUUUCAGUAGCGAAGACGAAGAAGAAGAUCGUUUACGCUAUGGCACUGUCAAAGUGGUAUGGCACCCCGAAGGAGAUGACACGAUAGAAACGGAAAGCAAGGUGGUCUUGGCAGACAGAUCACUGAUGCCUGGAGAUGUCAUCAGAAAAUUAAUAGUCGGAGAGAACAGUCCUCGUGGAUUUGUACAAGAUACUUCAAUGAAAUGUCAUCUUCAUAUUAUCGGGACGAAUAAAUAUAUCUACAAUGUAGAUACUAAAGACUUGAAACCCUUGCAGGGAUUUGAGGUGGAUGCAGGGGAGGUAACUAUGGACUCUUGGGUUGGGCGCCCGGAGAUGGUAAAUCAACAGGUCCAGGUUGUCUUUCCUGAUGGAGCUCGGUGUCUUAUUAUGGACACAGACCUAUGCAUGUUGGAGUGUAUUAGUAAUAUUAUGAAUGAUGACUCUGAGUUUAACUACGAUAGCUGUUAUUAUCGCGGGCAGACUUUCUCGGGUUGGAUGAAAGAUUUCAGAGACGCCAGAUGGUUGAACCAAACAAAGCUACACAAUUCUAGACGUGCUAAGAAAUCAAAGCUGGCUGUCAGUGUUCAGGUGGAAGAGGUAAGUGUUCGCUCUGUGGAGGUCCAGUGGCUUUGUAGAGGUUUUACCAAGAUGGAUGACUCAAUAGCAAACCUAGAACAUCCUCCUAAUGACGUAAAGGCUAAAGAUCUCGACAGGCUACACGUGCUGGAGGGAUUUACGCAUUGCGGAGUACAGAUUGGUGAUAAGAAGAAAUAUGUGAUUAAAGAAACUGAUGUGAUGACGAUCAUUCCUCCUAAGGGGAACUUGGUACCAGAUAUCGUCAUUAGAGACAAUCAUGUGUUGACUUUUAAGGAUGGCACUUAUCCAAAAUUUACCCCCGUUGAGGCCCUAUCGAUAAGCUCUCCAACAUGUUCUAAAUCCUCCACAAGGGAGUCCCUAAUGGCCCCCGUACUUCGUGAGGGUAGUGAUUUUACAAAUACAGCAGAACCAGGUAAUGAUAAAGACGACUUCGAUAACGUGUCUGAUGAGUACGAAUCUAUGGACGAUGAGGAAGAGGAGGUAGACGGAGAAACAAAUGAAACUGAAAAGAAAAAAAGUAAUAUUUCCAAGGAUGCAAAGUCAGCAAGCACGGUGAAAGAGGUGGGAAUGAAGAAGUUAAAAUUGAAGAAAAGAGGAGAGAAAAACAGAUCCAAACCAUUUCCAAAGUUUGAUGACAUUAUUCUUCCUUGUGACCCCGGCUCAAAAGUGGCUGUUGAAGUUUGCUACACAUUUUCAAUGGCUAAUAUUAUGUGGCAGAACGGAGAAGAAGAAACAGGGACUCCUUCUCCCGACUUGUAUCCAAUUCAUCACCUUGAUGAACUUGAGUUUUUUCCUGGUGACUUUGUCGUAGACUCCAAAGAUAAUAAUAACGGAAAGUGUAGUAACUACGGUGUGGUGACCAGCUGUGACCACUUGGCUAGGACGUGCAUGGUCAGAUGGAUGAAGACAGUCGACAUAGCCAAGGGGGAAAAGCCAGAUGAGGAUGUUCCUGUAACAGAGGUCAGCGUGUAUGACAUCAAGGACCACACAGACUUCAAGUUCCGGCCAGGUCACACGGUCAUCAGGGUGGCAGAGCCUAUGAAUGUUACAGACAAUACCCCAGCUGUGGGACAGGUACAUAGACUUGACCCCCAGGGAUCCCUACACGUACGCUGGCCCAACGGGGAAAUAACACACUGCUACCCUCAGGAACUCUACAUUGUAGGAGAUGAGAUGAGCGAAUUUGACAGUGACUCUGAUUGGGCGACUACUGAUGAGGAGGAAGAUGAUGAAGAGGACAGCGAUGCCAGUUGGGAGACAGAAAACGAGGAAGAGGUUGACGACGACACCAAUAAAUCAACAACACCAGAUGAAAAAGAUACAGACUCAGCAUGGUUCCAACUACAACAUAAAAGAGAGGAGUUAGUGUCCUUUAUACAGAGAGCCCAGACGGCACUUGGUAAACUGGAAGCCAUUUUCGUUAACGUUCAAUGUGACCUACGAAUUCAGAAUCCAGAACAAUGCUUUCAGGACAUUAUAGCAAUAUACCGCAAGUGCAGAGAACUAGACAGGAUUAUAAAAUCCUCUUAUUUCGAAAAUCCAGACAUUUUAGGUUUAAUUGAAGAUAUCAAGGCAAAGCUACGCAAAGAAAAGUGCAAUAAAAUCAACAGACAUUUGAUGCAGGUGUUUGAAAAUAGACGAGGACAGAGCAUUAAAGGAGUCAAUGCUGAUCAGGGGAGCAUGUCUCGGGUGUCGGCAAGUGUUCAGACCGACAUGAAUGAGCAGUCGGGUGUUUGUAAGAUUGCCACAUGUGUUCAGACAGAAGGUACCGGUAUGGAAGUCCAAUAUGGGGAAGGGAUCAAACCCAGUGAUAUGUCCGUAGGCAAUGAUUGCGAGAUGUCGGUAGACUGUACGGACAAACAAGACAACUCUGCGACUACCAAGGCGGUUUCUAGUCCUGUAAGUGGGGAAGGAGACAAUAAAUGCACCGCAGAGUCUCCCUCAUUCACUACUAUGUGUAAUGGUAUAGCAAGUGAUCUAGAGAAGAUUUCAGGUGAUUGUUCCAAGGAGAUGGCGCCCAAUGACAAAAGCCAACAGACUGAUGUGGCUACAGGGACUGAAGCUACCAGAGACGGCAAUGUGGAAUUGUGUUCUAGGAUAUGUAAGCAAUUACGCAAACAGAUGACCAAAAUGCAGGAAGAAGUAAACAAAAGGAAUAGUGAAGCAAUUGCCUCCCUGAAGUCAGAAGAGGCUGGACUUACAUCACCUACCUCUGGUGCAUCAUAUAUUCCGGUGGAAGGGGACCAGGCCUCAUCAAAGUCUGAGGAGGUUGGUCAUAUUUCAAAUUCUACUGAUGCAUCAAUUAUUCCUGAUGAAGCUGUCUUGUCAAAGACAGAUAAUGGCAAUACUGUAUCUCAAGUGGCAGAGGGCACAAAUACUAUUGAUCCUAAGAGUGAUCUGACCGAUAUGGAAGUGAAAUCAACAGGCUCCAGUCAAAUUGAAACGGAGGACACUGUAAAGGAAUGCCCUGAUAAUGAUGUGGUAUCUGACAAUUCCUCUGUGCAAGUUUCUACCCCAGUUGACUGUAACAGUUUGGAGGCCAGCACAGACGAGAUAGAACCCAUUACCAUGGAGAGGGGAAGUUUUACACUAGAGACUGAAGUACCCCCAAAUCAUCAUUUUCUGUCAAAAGAAUCAGCCCCAACUACGAAAGCGCUUAUGUCUGCAGUCUCCAAGGAGAUGAAGCUGCUGCAGUCCAGUCUGCCCCAUGGAAUUACUGUGAAAGGGUUUGAAGACAGAGUGGACCUGUUCUCUGCAAUGAUCAUGGGUCCAGCCAAGACGCCAUACGAGGAUGCACCUUUCUUCUUCGACAUUCACUUACGAGCAGAGUACCCCAAUUGUCCGCCCCUGUUUCACUACAUAGCCUUCUGCUCAGACAGGUUAAACCCAAACCUGUAUGAGGAUGGCAAUGUGUGUGUGAGUCUGCUUGGAACGUGGGAGGGCAAGGAUAAGGAAAACUGGACCUCCAAUUCAAAUCUUCUCCAAGUUCUGGUGUCCAUUCAAGGCCUGAUACUGGUGUCGGAACCUUAUUUCAAUGAAGCUGGCUAUGAGAGACAAAAAGACACCCAGCUAGGGAAUGAAAACAGCAAAACCUAUAAUGAGAUGGCCGUACUGAAGCUGGUUCAGAGUGUCACCAAGAUGAUACAGCGACCUCCUCACAGUUUUACAGCAGAAACACUGGAACACAUCCGAAAGUAUGGAACAAGAUUUGCACGUAGAAUCGAGCACUGGAUUUCACUGUCGGAGCAACAAACCAACUCAGGCAAUCAAAAUUCCACUGACUGUGCAAAGACUAAACAUACCAGUGACUCUAAUGGUAAAGAGAUACAUGUCGUGGGAAACGACAGUAGUGGAGAAUCCGUCGCAGAAGUAGUUGAGGAUAAACCGUGUGCCCCAGACUUCCCGUUCCUUCCUGCCUCCAGAGGAUUCUGCAUCACUAUGAGUAAAAACCUCGCCCAGUUAAAGGAGCAGUUAGCAGCACUGGAGUCUUGAUGUUGAAGCAGAUAAUUGAUACUUAAAGCCUCGUCAAAUUACAUACCGGCUACUUUGUUUCUGGGCUAAUACAGUGUAGAAUUAUUUAAUCUAGCCACCACUUAUCUAAUUGUCCUGCUAUGUAGCCACAGGAUUUAGGGGAUAUAUUGACCUUUCUCAUGGUCUAGUUUAAUUUGCACGGAACUAAGUUGGACGCAUUACUGGAACUGUACUGUAAAACCUCUUUUUAUUAUUUAUACUCGUACAGCUCAGUCUUUGUGAGAGAAUGGUCACUUAAGGUUAAGGAUACCAUGAGGUUAAAAUAUCUUUUUACCAUUGGCACUCUUCUGGUAUGUUUACGCCAUUUUCUAAUUUCCAUGAGGAAAUUCCUUGUUUCAUGGGAUGCAUUUUAUAAAGUUGACGUUGUUUGAAAUUUGAAUAUCUUAAACAACAGAAAUUCGAGGGUUCUAACGAGUGACCCAUUGUCUGGCAAUCUUUUACAAAUGUUGCUAUUCAGGCAUUGUAUAGUAUCAAAA